AUGCUGGGCUUAAUACUUAGGUAAUGGGUUGAUAGGUGCCACAAACCACCAUAACACACAUUUACCUAUGUAACAAACUUGGACAUCCUGUACAUGUACCCCAGAACUUAAAAAUAAAAUAAAGAAAAUUAAAAACAAUAUAUGUUUCCAAGGAUUUCUGAAGAAUCAAGUAAAAUACAGUUUGUGAAAAUAUAAAGUGCUUUACAGAUCUAAAAAAUUAUUAUCAUUGCUGAGCAAUGAUCAAGUCAUGCUAUUACCACCUCAAUGUAUCUUCAAUGAGACUUUAUUAUUAUUUUUUAAUUUCAGUGGAUAACGUUGGCUUCAUGGCAGAGAAUGGCACCAUGGUGACAGAAUUUGUUCUGAUGGGGUUCCGGUUGCAGGCAGAGCUACAGAUAGGUCUCUUCUUUGUGUUUCUGGCCAUUUUUCUCAUCACCAUGGGGGGCAACCUGGGCAUGAUUGUGCUAAUUCAGAGUGACCUUCGGCUCCAGACUCCCAUGUACUUCUUCCUCAGUCACCUUUCCUUCCUGGACAUUUGCUACUCUUUUGUUAUUGUUCCUCAGUUGCUUGAGACUUUGGGGACUGAUAAGAUGGUCAUCACCUAUGAGCGCUGUGCCAGCCAAUUCUUCUUUUUCACACUCUGUGCUAGCACUGAGUGUUUCCUUUUGGCUGUGAUGGCCUAUGACCGCUACAUGGCUGUGUGUAAGCCCCUCCUCUAUGCCACAGCCAUGACACCACAGACCUGCCUGGGGCUGGUGGCUGGGGCAUAUGCUGGUGCCAUGGUCAAUUCUGUAAUCCGGACUGGAUGUACCUUCUCUAUCUCUUUCUGUAAGUCCAAUCAUGUAGACUUCUUUUUCUGUGACCUCCCACCCCUGCUGAAGCUUGCCUGUAGUGAAACCAGGCCAAGGGAGUGGGUAAUCUACCUCUUAGCUUUUCUGGUCAUCACAACCAGCAUUUCAGUGAUUCUUAUAUCCUACUUACUCAUCAUUCAGGCCAUUCUGAGGAUUCGUACAGCAGGUGGCAAAGCCAAGACCUUCUCCACCUGUGCUUCUCACAUGACUGCAGUGGCUCUCUUCUUUGGGACACUCAUUUUCAUAUACCUGAAAGGCAACAUGGGCACAUCCCUUGAGGAAGACAAGAUUGUGUCAAUAUUUUAUACUGCGGUGAUCCCCAUGCUAAAUCCAGUGAUCUAUAGCCUGAGAAACAAAGAAGUGAAGGAGGCUCUGAAGAAAGUUUUCAACAGGAUGAGGGUUUCCCAAGCAGAUUAACUCUUUAGCUCCAUCAAUCCAGAAGUUUCUGCAAAUCCUACUCUGGGCUUUUGUCUCAUCCCCUUAACACAUGAACCAGAUUUCAUAAUUACAAAGACAUACUGAGGGAGAAAAAGGUAGAUUUAGAUUCUAGUACUUUCUUUAUUGGCUCUAUGAUCUUGAGCCAGAAAUGCUCCACUUCAGUUUUCUCAUCAGUAAAAAUUUCUGUCUUGCUAUGGAUAAAGGUCAAGAGAUCUUCAGCCAGGAUCAAGAGAAAGGGAAUGCCAAAAGGCUUUGGAAAUAAUAGCAUGCUAUAAAAUAUAGAUUUUUUUUCUUAUCUGUUCUGGGUAUUGAGGAGCAUUUUCUCAGCUAUUUGCAUUUUUUUCUAUUAAGCUUGUUUUUGGGCCUAGCAUAAUUACAAAACAGUCGCUCAUUGUUUACACAGUAUAGGGAAGUCACAGUUUUGGUUGUGGAUCAUAGUGUGGAUAUCAGCCUUGAUGAAAGAAAAUUUUUCUUAAUAUUCAGUCAUACCUAAUUUGGGAUUUGUCAUGGAAAAUAAAAGCAACUAAACAGAAGAAGAAAAAAUAAAGAAGGGAAAGGAGGUGUGUUAGCUUGCUUCCCAAGAUGGCAUAGAGGAUUCAGACACUGUGGAAAAAAAGAAGGAUGUAAUGAUUUGCAUUAAUUAUUGGAAACAAUUUGAUCUUGAUGUGGGGCUGAAGUGUGUUGCAUAUAUAACUUGGUAAUAUUUCUUGAUCACCAAAGAUCAGAAGCUCUAUUUUAUUUCUGAAGCAUUGUUCAUGGCCCAUCUGCUUCAAUUAACUCAAGUUAUUUCCUAUUCUCCAGUAAUAAAAACCAUUAUCUACUUUCAUCUACUCUAGGACAUUUACUGUAUUGUCAGAAGAUAGAUAACAAUGAAUCUGACUGCCACUUUUCAAUGACUUCCUCAUCUGCUAGAAAUAUUACCUGGGAAACAUCUCCAUGGAGACCCCCACAAUUUUAUUUAUCAAUUCAGCAAAUAUAUACUAUCUGCUAUGUAUCAAAUAUUAAGUUUAUAAUCUAGUAAUAAAUAAGAUAGAUAUGGUUCCUUUGGCACAGAGAUUAGAACUUAGGACACAGACAGAUAUUCCACCAUUGCACUGUUAAUUAAUUAAUUAUUAUUUGUUACAAUAUUGCAAAGUGAAACAGAAGAAGCAUGGGGUAUUGUAUACUGAAUAAUAAGGUUCCAACCUAGUUUGGUGUGGUCAGAAAAGGCUUCCGAGAGGAAUUAACAUUGAAGCAGAAGCUUCAAGAAUAAGUAUGCCGUAGUCAUGGGUUGUGAAGACUCUUCUAGACAGAAAGAGUUGCAAAUGCAAAGGCUUGUGAAAAGGGAUGCCCUGAGGAACUGAGGUUGGCUGUAGCAUGAGGGAGCAGGGCUUAGUGUGAGAUGCAAUUGGUGAAUUCCAGAGAAAUUGGGUCACAGAGCCUUGCAGAUUUGCUUAGGGACUUGUGGACUUUAUUUCAAAAGUAGAGUGUGAAAUGGUCAGAUAUGAAUUUUUAAAAGAUUUCUUUGGCUGCAGUGCGAUGGGUGGAAAGGAGGCUGUUGGUGGCAGAGACAGAGGGAAAUAGAACCACUUUGUCUGUUAAAUAACACUGGGUGCAUCCCAGUGCAUGGCCUUUGAUUUCCAUGCUAUAGUGUAUGCUUGUUAUGUUAGAGAAGGAUAGCAGGUGCAUGACUUUGAUGUUGGUUUAGGACUGAUUCUUGGCCAAGUGGCAAAAUUAGGGAAAUAUGUUUUUGGUAAUGCCCACCUUUUCAUUGGUGCACUUUUCCUUCCAUAAACUGACCUUUCUCAGGUAGACAGAGGUAGACACAGGUAGACACUAACUGUCCCUUCAUCCAAAUGAUCAUCAACUACUCCUUAAGGGGUCAGCAUGUUUUCAUUAACGUCCUACUCUAUGCAAGACUGAGUUAAUGAGCUUAAGAAAAACCAUCCCUUACAGGGCUUCUUCUGUGCUUAAAGGCAGGGAAAGCCUUCAAAUGUAAAAACAAAGAAAUCAGCAAAAUGCUAGACAGUGGGUUUGCUAUUUUGAUAGUGGCAGGAACAACCUCAUACCCCUACCAAUUUCUACUUUGUGGGUGGCAACCAAUUCUGCCUAUAAAUGAGUGAUCUUUGAUAUAUCUGCAGUAUUUUAUGUUUAUACAAUUGCCUCAUAUAUGCACCAAAUGGAUAAAAAUAAAAUGAAGUUUUAGUGUGUUUUAGGGAAUUAUCUUCUGAUUAAUGUAAAAACCACUGGAGAAUGGCAUAUGUAGUAUUGCUAAUUACAUAUAUUAAUAAAUGAAUAAAAACAUACAUAAAUUUCCUAAUUUGUGUCAGAUUCUGUGCUGACUUUUCACUUAUUUCAUUUAAAGAUUUCAUUCUUAAAAUAAAAAAGUCUCAUCCUUAAAAUAGACUCUACACAUACUGUUUUAGAAAUAGAAUUCAGUCAGGAAUUCUGGUGUUGUUUUCUUUUUUACCCUCUCACUUCUAAGUGUAUUUCUUUUGGGAACUAGGCUUUGGAAUUAUACAUUUUUAGCUAUAAUACUUUGGCCUCAAUUUACCGACAGUGAUAUUGGAAAGAUGAAAAAAAGCAGACCCUCAAACUCUGAACUGACCCAUUAAAAUCAGUUCACCAAAGGCCAAAGUACUAUGUUCUUGAUCACUUAGAGCAACACCAAAACUUUAAUUAUGGAUUUGUAUUUUUCACAUGCAUUAAGUUGAUUGAGUGUAGGGACAAAGACAAAUCAACUAGAUUAUCAGCAUAAGGGCAUGGGACUAGGGUAGAAUGAUGGAGCAUAAACCAUGCAACACAUCAUCUAGGGCCUUUGGCAGAAGCAUGUAUGUAUAUAUUUACUUUUUGCGUAUGGGAAUGCAUUUUGUCUGGGGGAGCCACAGUGCUUCAGAUAAGAGCAAAAACAACCACACACAAUUUUUCUUUUGUCAUGAAGAUCAAUUCCAGACACAUAGAAAUACUUAUCAGAUUUUUUUUCUCCUUGCUCCAGUUCUAUUUGUCUAAGCUACAGGGAAGGGAGAAUGCCAUCAAAGCCACGUGCAAAUGACCACAAGAACAGAGCUGCCCAAGCCCCCGUGACACCAUCCCCGUGGAUCUCCCAUGCUUUUUUGGUGGCUGUGGGCUAAAGGGCAAAAAAGAAACAAAGCAUUUUGGUUUGAAGGUUUUUACUGGUGAUGAGUUCAAAGAAGGUUAGCAGCUCUGGUUUUUGAAUCUCAUUUCGCCUGAUGCUGAAUUCAAACCUCAAACUAAAUUUUCUUCUGAAUCUUACUUAGAGAAUGUGGGGAGGAUAAAUCACCUGAGAAAUUGGGGAGAGCCGACAGAAGUUGAAAAGAAAGUAGGCUGUCUGCUUCCCUGUAGUGAAUCCACGAAGUUGCUUGUGGAGAUCAAGAUGCUUCACGGACAUUAUACAAUUCAUCCUUUUAGUCCUAUUGGGAAAGAAACUCUCAGCUAUUUCCACUCAUCUCUUCUUCAAAAAUUAUGAGGUUUUCUGAAAAUAGUUGAAAAGAACAUUGUGUCUUUUUCUUUUUUUCAACAUCUUUGUCCUUAUUUAAAACAUAAUAGUGAAACACAAAAAUAAAAAAUGACAGCAACAGCAGCAAAAAAAGCGCUGUUGAGCUUGUAACGGAAUGAAUAUCUACACUGUUUCUAAUUCUACCCUUUACUAAAUUUGCUUCUUUGGGGAUUAAAACCCCUGAAAAAAGUAUUGUAAAAAUAGCCUGUCGACAUCUGUUGUUUUAUAUAUAGACAGAGCCUAAAACAUUUUAUUCAUUAAUUCACUACAUUAGCUCUUUAUUGAGGAGCUAGUAUAGGCUGGGCACUGUGCACGGGCAGGGACGUUGCUCCUCACUGUAUUCCUGUGUGUACCUUAGUACUUGGCACAUAGAUGGCACUUAACGAACUUAAAAAUAUUCCCUUUAAUUGUUUAAAAGUUGUUUUUGGUACACAUAAUAUUGAAACUUAGGUGGUUGAAUAUGAUGGCAUUAAGUGCAUUCAUAUCAUCUUACAACCAUCACCAUGAUCCCUCUGCAGAACUUUUUCAUCAUCCCAAACUGAAACUCUAUUCCCAUUAAAUCACUCCCCAUUUCCCUGUCCCCCUACUCCUGGCAAUCACCAUUCUAGUUCUGUUUCUAUGGAUUUGCUGCUUCUAAGUACUUUGUAAAAGUGGGAUCAUAUAAUACUUAUCUUUCUGUGUCUAGUCUUCUUUCAUUUAGCAUAAUGUUCUCAAGGUUCAUGCAUUUUAUAGCAUGUAUAGAACUCCAUUGCUUUUUAUAGAUCAAUAAUAGUCUAUUGCAUGGAUAUACCACAUUUUAUCCAUUUAUCUGUUGGUGGACCCUUGGGUUGUUUCUACCUUUCGGCUACUGUGAAUAAUGUUGCUAUAAACGUGGGUGAACAAAGAUUUGUCUAAACUCCUGUUUUCUAUUCUUUUGCAUAGUAUAUACUACUUAAAAGUGGAAUUGUUGGCUCAUAUGGUACAUCUCUGCUUAACUUUUUGAGGAACCACCUACUGUUUUUCACAGCAGCUGUACCGUUUUACAUUCCUACUGGCAAUAUAUAAGGGUUCUAAGAUUUUCACAUGCUCAACACUUAUUUUCCAUUUUUUUGGUAAUUGCUAUUCUAAUGGGUAUGAAGUGGUAUUUCACUGUGGUUUUGAAUUGCAUUACCUAAUGACUAGUGAUGUUGAACAUCUUUUCAUCUUCUUAUUGUCUUAUUUGCAAUUUAUAUAUUUUCUUGGAGAAGUAUCUAUUCAAGUUCUUUACUCAUAUUUAAAUUGGGUUGUUUGGGCCUGGUGUGACAGCUCACUGCUAUAAUCCCAGUGUUUGGGGAGAACCCCUGGUCUCAAGCUAUCCUCCUACCUUGGCCUCCCCAACCACUGGGCAACAUGGUGAGACCCUGCCUCUACAAAAAAUAAAAAUAAAUUGAGUUUUUUUUUUUUUUUUGAGAUGGAGUUUCGCUCUUGUUACCCAGGCUGGGGUGCAAUGGUGCAAUCUCGGCUCACUGCAACCUCCGCCCCCUGGGUUCAGGCAAUUCUCCUGCCUCAGCCUCCUGAGUAGCUGGGAUUACAGGCACGCGCCACUGUGCCCAGCUAAUUUUUUGUAAUUUUUAGUAGAGACGGGGUUUCACCAUGUUGACCAGGAUGGUCUCGAUCUGUUGACCUCGUGAUCCACACGCCUCGGCCUCCCAAAGUGCUGGGAUUACAGGCUUGAGCCACCGUGCCUGGCCGAGUUGUUUGUUUUUUUAUUGUUGAGUUGCAUGAGUUUUUUAUAUAUAGUCAUGCACCACAUAAGGAUAUUUCAAUCAAUGAUGGAUCACAUCUCAAUGGUGGUUCCAUGAGGUUAUCAUGGAGCUGAAAAUUUCCAUCACCUAUGACCAUGAUAAGCAUCCUAACAUCACAGGACAACAGAUGACUCAGAUGUUUGGGGUGAUGCUGGUGUUAACAAACCUACUGUACUGUCAGCCAUAUAGAAACAUACUAUUAUGUACAGUAUAUAAUACUUAAUAAUGAUAAUAAGACUAUGUUACUCGUUUACGUAGUCACUAUACUAUUUUGUUGUUAUUUUAGAGUGUACUCCUUCUAAUCACAAAAAGCAGGUUAACUCUUAAAACAGCCUCAUGCAGGUCCUUCAGGAGGUAUUCCAGAAGAAGGCAUUGUCACCAUAGGAGAUGACAGCUCCACGCAUGUAUUCGCCCCUGAUGUCCUUCUAGUGGGACAAGAUGUGCUUUUGAUAUCAUACCUAAAAAAUCAUUGCCACAUCCAAUGUGAUGAAGCUUUUCCUCUAUGUUUCAUCCUAAGAGUUUUGCCAUUUUAGCCUUUAUGUUUAGGUAUUUUAUCCAUUUUGAGUUCAUAUAUGUAGGGGUAUACUAGAUGAAAGUUAAGGACCCAACUUUAUUCUUUUGUGUGUGGAUAUCCGGUUUGUUGAGAAGAGGCACUCAACUUUUACUGAGAUCCUUAAUACAAUGAGAGGAGAUACCGUAAAAAAAAAAAAAAAAAAAAAAAAAGGCUCAGGAUUAAGAGAAAAGAG